GGAACCGCCUCCUUCAUCGUAUGGCUCUUUGCCCAAUCACCUCAGAUCCUCACAAACUACCAGCGCGGAUCCGUAGAUGGUCUCUCUCUCGUAUUUUUGGGCCAAUGGAUGGGCGGGGACGUCACCAAUCUGCUGGGGUGCAUCCUCACCGAUCAGCUUACCUUUCAGAAGUUGACGGCAGCUUGGUUCUGCCUCGUAGACGUCGUAUUGAUGGCUCAGUACAUUGGCAGCAGCCAUCACGGCAAUGAUGACGAGCAAGACGACUACUUUGUUCGCCGUCACCCGCAUCACGGCGACACGAGUCGACAGUCCAGUCGAAGAAACAGUCGUCCUUCGAGCCGCAAUUCUAGUAGAAGCAACAGCAGGAACACCAGCGCAGCAUCCUCACCCAGAUUAGGCUACACCAGCUCACGACAGCACAGCAACUCGAGCGCCCAUCGACAUUUGGCUCAUACAUUGUCCACCCUCUUGUCAGGAACUUCUCCAGCGCCACCACCCGACGCCCCUGCUCCCUCGCUGCUCCUCCUCGGCCGCCUCCUCUCGUGGCUGUGCACGCUCCUCUACCUCACCUCACGUCUUCCGCAGAUAUACGAGAACCACACGCGCCGAUCUGUCGCAGGCCUCUCCAUCCUCCUCUUCAUCAGCGCAUUCGUUGGAAACGCCCUUUACGCAAUCAGCAUCCUUACAAGCCCGCUCAUGGAUGCCGAGGACGAUGGAGGAGACUAUUUCCGCGAAUGUAUGCCCUUUCUCUUGGGAAGCGCCGGUACACUCGUCUUUGAUGCGGUGAUCCUGGGCCAG